AUGACAGACAUACUUUGCAGGUAAUUAGUCUUUGAUCCAAAUCCCUUAACAGAUUUUAAUUUAUUUAACCUCAAAAACUAAAAUACUUAUUUCUCAGUGAUAAGUUAAGAUAAUUAAUAUGCUUUUGUUUCUGCAAGGAGUGAAGGCAUAUAUAUAAUCUCUCUUGCUAACAUUCUUUAACCAACUAUUGUUGGCAACAUAGCAACAUUAUAAUCUUAAUAGUUAUAAGUUUAAAAAAAUAUUUUGUUUAUUGGAGACAUCUUUGAAGGGGUAAUAAUCUUUGAUAUUUCAACUAUUCAAAGUCCCAUUCUACUCUCAAAAUGGUAAUUAUAUUUGCGCAUAUAAUCUUUAGUAGUUACCUAAAAUUUGAAAUAUUUAUUUGCUCUUGGGAAUGGUAUAAUUUUUUGUAUCGAUGUCUCAGAUCCAAAGAAUCCUAAAACACUUUCAAAAAAUGGAGUACCUUCAAGUGAAUCUUACAGAGUAAAGCUCAGUCCAGAUGAAACACAUAUUUGCGUUUCUAAUGCUGUAGCAGGAAUUUAAAUAAUGGAUGUUAGGCAAAAGGAAUAGAUAAUAAUUAGAGUUAAUUAAAUUCCUGCCUUUGCUGUAAGUGAUUGUUUAUUCACACCUGACUAAACUACCAUUUAUUUUGUAGACCCUUACUAUGGUCUCUUUUAUGCAAGUGUUUAAUCAAUUUUUAGUUAACCAAUAGGUUCUACUGAUGUGAUAACUUUAAAUUUUAUGAAUAUAUACUAAACUCCUUAACUUUAACAAAGUAUUGCUAUUACUUCAGAUGGUCUUUUCUUGCUUUUAGGAUAACGUAGUAUAGGUUAAGUACUAUUUGAAAUUUAAAAUAAGAAUUAUUAAAAACCUAUUUUUGUGUAAAUAUUAAAUGGCAACUACCUUUCGAAUGAUGUAUAUUUUUCUAAUAAUAAUAAUGAAGCUUAUGCAUUUGCUACAAAUGGAAUGUCUUUGCUGAUAUUUAAAUAAGUAAUGAUCAAUACUAACAAAGAUUUUCCUAAUAUAUUUAAUACCUUUUAAUCUUCCUUAACAUAUUUAUCUCCAUAAUAUUUUCCUUGGUAAAUCGUAUGCUUAAGCAAUAAUAAAUAUAUUGUUUAAACAAAUGCUAAAUAUGGUUUAAAUAUAUUUGAUAUAUAAAAUAAUUAUUAUCCUAAUUUGGUAAAAACUAUACCUAUUAUUAAUGGAGAGUAUGGGGGAGUUUAAGUUAAUUAGGAGUUAAAUGCUUUAUUUGUAACCGGUACAUAAGAUGGGUUAUUAACUUACAAUAUUACUGAUAUGACAAAUAUUAAAUUUGUUAAUUAAGUAACUCCGCUUGAUCCUACUAAAUUCUAUAAUGCCAUUAAUGCGGUUUCAUACAAUGACUAAAAUAAAUUAAUAGUAAUCACUAACGGAUAUUAUGGUUUUGCUGUGCUAAAUGCAGCUAACCCAUAUUCUGUAACUAUGAUUGGCUUAUUUUUGAAUGAUAAAUUUCCAUGCACUUUUGAAAAGUGCUAAAUUACUAAUGACACUACUACUAUUGUUUGUGCUGGUCGCGAGGUAGGUUUGUUUUUCUUUGACUUCACAAACUAUAAUCUCUAACUAAUUAAUUUACUCCCAGAAAUUGGAGCUGAGUAUUUGAUUUUCUCAUUUGAUGAAAAACAUGCUUUUGUAUGUUUUGGAUUUAUGGGAAUCGCAAUAGUCAAUAUUUAAAAUAAAACGGCACCCUACAUUGUUAGUAUUUAGCCAGUAGAUGGUUGGGCGUAAAGUCUAACGACUAUAUUUAAUGAAUAAUAUCUUAUAAUAACAUAAAUUGAGAAAGGAUAACUUGUUAUAGUUAACAUCGAAGAUUUUUAAAACCCAUACAUUCAAUCUAAACUUGAAUUUCCUAAUGAAAAUAGUAACAGUAUUUGUGUAACUCCAGAUCAAAAAAAUGCAUAUUUUAUAGGUAAUAGUGGUUUAAGGUACAUUCCUAUUAAUACGGACCUAAUACUUCAUACAUAAAUUUAAGUUUAAUACAUAGAUACUCAAGGAAAUAUAUUUUAUCAAGAUUUAAAUGAUAAAUAAAGUCUAUUGGUCGGUUAGACUGCUAAAAUGUUUUUUGUUCCUCUUUACAUUUCUACUCAAGUGAAGAUAUCUAAUGCUUUUUACUAUAGAAAUUAUGAGUUAUAAACACUUCCUUAUUGGAUAAUAUUUUAUUAAAAAACUUAAAGCAUUUAAAUCUAAGUUGAUAAAACUGGUGCAGUAAAUACGUUUUCCAAAGAGAAAAAAGGAGAGAACAUAAUUAUUUUAGAAUGCUUAAUUUCUCUAAAUGCUAAUAAUUUUAUAACUCCUAACAUCAAUGAUACAUUAUCAAAGUAAAUAUAUUUUAAUCUAAUUAGCUAGGGAUACUUAGAUAAAUAGGGAUAUCUCACAUCUAAAUUGGAUCCAAAUAUACCUUUCUAUUUAAAUUUCUUUGAUGGCAAAACCUUUACUUAAGCUAAUGUUGGAACAGAAUAAUAGAUUUAAAAUAUUUAAAAUGAUAUCAAAUAAAUUCUUGUUUUUUCUUUAGUCUAAUACUCCAUCAGGUUUUUUGUUCAAAGCUCUUUAUUUUUUAAUUAUAAAUUGUAAGAUGGCUCUACUUCCAAUAUUAUUUCUACUCCUUCUUUGCAAAUUUCAGUAUUAAUUUAGAUUACUUCCUCAGGUAAGUUUGUAAAAAAAUAGCUUGAUGGAAUUAUUGCUUCAUUUUCUGAUGAUUUAACGAGCCUUUAGCUAUCAGGUUAGACAUAGUAUGUAAAUUAGAUUAUCGGCUAGAGUUUAGAAAUUGCAAACUCAACCAGUAAUUUAACAUAAUGCGUUUUAGAUUUUUUAAUUUAAGACUCUAGCAAUUAUGAGAUUUCAAACCAAAUCCCUCUAUCAAAUUUAAGUUUUAUUAACAUCUACUCACCAAUACAAUUAUUUUAAGAUCAUAACCUUUAAACACAGCUUAAUAAGCAAUAUACUGAUGGCAAUUUAUAAGUAUAAGAUAGAUUUUAAUUUUCAUUUGAUAUGACAACUUUUAGGUAAAAAAAUAAUUUACCAAUUACCUAUACUGCAUUUCUAGUAGAAGGAGAUUCACUUACUUAAAUAAUGACUGGUAGUUGGAUUGAGUUCAAUAGCUUUAACUUAGGUUUUAGUGGAGAGAAGUCUAUUUCUUCAUUGCUUUCAUCAUAUAAGAUAAGAGUUGUAGCAACAGAUAGUUACUCUACAGUUUAUGACGAAUUUGUAAUUGAGUUUACUCAAAUCCCUUUCCUUUACGUAGUACAGCUAAUAGUCCAAAUUAUAGGCCCUAUAAUUGGUAUUUUUGGAAUUUGGAAAUAUAGAGCAGAAAUAUACACCUUUAUAAUGUAGAAAUUUUAUCUUUACAGUAGUGAGUCUGCAGUAGUUGGAGAAGUCUAUAAGAAACAAAUUAUUUUAAUGAAUCAAAUGUGGGAAGAUACUGAGAAUCUAUGGAAGUUUUUUUUAUCUAUGAAUAAAAACUUUAACAACGAAAUCUUGUAAGAGUAUUAAACACAAAAGGUGUUAGAUAUAAUAGAGAUUAUGGCACGCGUGUACAAAGUAUAUAUAGAUAAUCAAAAGAGGUUUACUAAUAUUGACCCUAGAGAAUUUGAGUUUAUUGAUAGCAGACUAGUUAGAAUAAUAAAAAGGUUUUGCUAUCAAAUUAUAUUAAAAACGGACUAAAAGACAGAAAACAUGGUUUAAUAUUUGAAGAAAGUAGGUAAAAAAACAAAUACAAGUAAAGAUUGGUAUAAAUAAUUUGCUGAAAUCAAAUAUAAAUUUGAAGUUCAUAAGAAUAAAGUUGUUUAAAAAAAUCCUAAUGAAAAUAUUACUAAUGUUAUAACCCAUAGUCCAAUAAUCAUUAAGUCUAACACUUAAAAAAUUUAAUAAAAUAAUGCUUAAAACAGUUCUAUAGAAUUAAAUAGAGAAAAAUAAUACAAUAGUCCCGAUUUGGAUAUAAACUCUGAGCAUAAUGCUUUAACAGAUAAGAAAUUAAUAUAGAAUGGAGAAAAAGAUAAAUUAGAUAAAUAAAAAUUAAACUUUAUAGAAACUAAAAUAUAAAUGCAUGAGUUUGAAAGCUAAGCACUCAAAGAUACAAAUCAGAACAUUUCAAAUGUUUAAAGUUUGAAUAAAUUAAAAUCUCCAAAAUCAAAUUUUGUUCAAUCAUAAGAUUGCAUCAAAGAAUAAGAAGAAGGAUAAUAGAAGUACAAUGAAGAAAUUUUAGAAAAUUUAAAUCCGUUUCCUGAAGUUAUUUUGAAAACAGAACUUAUAUAAUAAAUACUAAAAGCUAAAUUUCCAAAUUAAUAAUAUGAUACGCAUCUUUUAUAAGAGAUUCUUAUUCUAGAAAUAUCAGGAAUACAAUUUAGUAACCCAAAAAGAAUAAGCCCUGCAAUAGGUGAAAGCCUACAUUUAUUUUCACACUAAUUACUAAGGGUAGAAGCUUAUAAAAGAGAUUAAGAAAGUAGUUGUUGUUACUGUUUAAAAAGAUUUUUUAAAGCUAACUAUAGUCCUAUUGGUUUUAAUUAAAAUAAUCCUCUACCUUAAUGGUUAAAUUGUCAAAUUAUUAAUGGUAUAAUUCAUAUUUGGGGGAUUCCAAAAACAAAUGAUGAACCUGAAUUAUUAAUUAAAAUAGUUGAUUAACUUACGUUCACAAUUUUAAGUUUCCAUCUAACAAUUAAAGAUAAAGAGGGAUAUGACUUAAGAGAUAAGUGUAAUUUGAGUACGAUAAACAAGAUAAGAAGCGAGAAUAAUUUAGUAGCAAACUUAAGAAUGUAAAAACAGAUACAGUUACAAUAUUAUAAUUGUCAGAGCCCUAAUGAAUAAAAAAUUUGCUAAGAUUCUUUAGAUUAAAAUUUAGAAAAUAAAAGCAAGACACUCCAAUUAAUUCCAAGAUUGAGUAAAUUUUCAAAAGAAAUUCCAAAUUAUUAAUAUCGAAACAGAGGGCAAAGCUUUUAAAUAGAUAAUCAUAGAAUAUAAGAUGGAUAAAUACAAUCUUUUAAAGAAUUUGAUUUCUUAUAAGUUUAAAAUGUAGGAUCUGGAAAUGAGUUAGAGCUUUUAAAAAAUAAUUAUCAUUUAUAAAAUAAGAAGUAGGCUUUAUUAUAAAACUAAUAAAAGCAAUCUAAAGAAGAUAAAAUUUUAAAGGAAAGCUCUAUAGAAGUCAAUAUUAUAGAUUUUUGUAAAGAAGAUAAAUCUUUAGAAGAAGAUGAAGAAUCACAAUAAUAAAGGAACUUUGAUGAAAAGAAUGAAGAUGAAGUUUAUCAUUAAGUGACUAUAAAUAAUUAUUAAUCAGGAAAAUGA